CCAUUUAGGAUGUUCUCUCUGCGAAAACCUUCCGGAUUGAGACCGUCUGUUGACAGCGGGCCUCUCCGCUCCCUGACGCGCCGCUGCAGCAAGAUGGAGAGAAACUGUGCAGGAUGCACACCAGCGCAGCAACCUCAGUGGUGUCUGUUAUUAUUUUUUAUUUUUUUGCACAGCAUUCAGCUACACAUUUGGGUUUAGGGAGGAUGAGCUUUAUCGUUUGAGCAACUGGGAGAGAAGGGGUGAGAGAGGGGGCGCCGUGCACCCGCACUGCUGCUGCAGAGCUCACAUCCUGUGUGACGCGCUGAUGUGAAAAGGGAGAAGUGAAAGUGCAGCAGCUGGUCGGUCCGUGGAUGUAGGCUACCGAGGCUCAGCUUAUAAAUAGCCCCCACAGUGGCCAUUCUUUAACAGUUUGCGUAUCACUCGCCUGGUCUGUGCUGAAUCCGGAGAGAUUUGAGCGCGCCUGUCAAGCUCGUUUUCUUCCCCUUGGUGGUGACGCAAGUUGGCAACAACUUGGCAGGCAAGCUGAAGGAAGGAAAUAUGAAGGCUGAUUUGGAGGCUUCUCUGGUUGCUGGUCAGGAGGAUUUUGCAAUCCGGUGCCGGGACGUGUGCCGGUCGUACGGGAAACUGAAAGUCCUCAGCAACCUCAACUUGACUGUACCGCAGGGACAAAUUUAUGGCCUGUUGGGGCCCAGUGGGUGUGGGAAGACCACACUCCUGAAAUGCAUCGUGGGAACUCUGAAAAUCUCACGAGGUCACAUCUCUGUGUUGGGGAAGCCACCUGCAUUCCCUGGUCACGACGUGCCAGGGAGGAAGGUCGGAUACAUGCCACAGGAGCUGGCGUUGUACAACGAGUUCACCAUCGGUGACACCCUAACCUUCUUUGGCCGAAUCCAUGGCCUGACGUCGAAGGAAACCAAGGCACGCAUGGAUUUCCUCAUUGACUUCCUGGAUCUACCUCAGAAGCACAGCCUGGUCCGAAAUCUCAGUGGUGGUCAGAAGCGCAGGGUGUCUCUGGGAGCGGCUCUGCUUCAGAAUCCCGAGCUGCUCAUCCUGGAUGAACCGACAGUCGGAGUGGACCCCGUGCUCAGGGCUAAGAUUUGGCAGCAUCUAGUGGAGAUUGUGAAGACGGGGAAAGUGUCCAUCAUCAUCACCACACACUACAUAGAGGAGGCCAGGCAGGCCAAUGUGGUCGGUCUCAUGAGGAACGGCUGUUUGCUGGCUGAAGGUCCUCCAGACGCAGUCAUGAAGCAGCACAGUGCAACAACCCUGGAGCAAGCCUUCCUUCAGCUGUGUGAGACGUCGGACCAGAUCGACUCAAAGCGGGAGUCCAGUCCGCAGGGUGGGCCGUUGGAGAACAGCCAAUCAUUCGAGAGUGGGCGGGACGAGAGUCGGCCAAUUCUCACGGUCGGACCAGGAGCCGCAGAGGAAACUCCCAAAUAUUCAGCGGACUGGAAGGUGCGAGCCAGACACCUGCUGCCAAAGUGGAGAAACAUCGCCGCCCUGAUGAUCAAAACAAUGGUGCGGAUGAAGAGAAUGCCAGGCUCGUUGUGUUUCCAGUUCUUGCUGCCCGUCAUCCAGGUCUCUCUUAUCUGUUUGUGUGUCGGAGGAGACCCAAAGGGAAUCCAGGUUGCUGUGGUGAACAACGAGACCUCCCCCUCCGCUUACAGCAGAUCACUGCUCUCCUUCCUGGACAACUCCAGCGUGCAGCAGGUGCCCUUGUCCCAUAAAGAUGCUUUCGAUGGGAUCUAUAACGGAGAGUACUGGGGUGUCAUCGGCUUUGGCGAGAAUUUCACCAGCUACCUGACAAAAAGGAUGAUUCAGCGGCAGGUUUCUAGAGAGGUGGUUGAUGGAGGAUCACUACACGUCUGGCUGGACCUGACAAAUCGACAAAUUGCUGUUAUGCUGCAGAAGAAACUACAUGAGGCCUUUCAGGCUUUUGUGGAUAAUAAGUUGGGCAGGAUGUCGUAUCUGGUCUCCCUGCCAAUAAAGUUUGAAGAACCGAUCUAUGGCAGCCAAAACACAGAUUUCACCACGUUUGUGACACCUGGAGCUGUCCUCAGUAUCACCUUCUACCUGGCCGUGGGUCUGACAGCUCUCUCCUUUGUCCUGGAGAGGAAGGAGGGGCUUUUGGACAGAUGCUGGGUUGCAGGUGUGAGCUCUCUGGAGACGAUGCUGGCUCACCUCUUCUCUCAGCUGUUUGUCAUCAGCGUUCAGAUCCUCCUGCUGCUCCUCUUCAUACUGCUCGUCUUCAAGAUACCUAAUGAAGGAUCCUUGGUGCUGGUCAUAAUUCUGAUUGUGCUGCAGGGCGUCACUGGCAUCUCGUUUGGCCUCGUAAUCUCAGCCGCAAUCGACGACGAGCAGAGUGCCAACCAGGCUGCCCUGGGGAUCUUCUACCCCAACCUCAUCAUCAGCGGUAUCAUCUGGCCUGUGGAGUGUAUCCCAUAUCCUCUGCGCUACAUCAGCCUGGCUCUUCCUCAGACCUACGCCUCAGAAGCCCUUCGAUGUAUCAUGUACAGAGGUUGGGGUCUGUCUCGGAUGAUGGUGUGGCGAGGCUUCGCAGUCACCCUGGGCUGGAACACCUUCUUCAUCGUCCUGGCCACGGUCAUCUUAAAGCUGAGGACAUGACCGCCUCGACCCGGAGAACCUUCUUCAGAGUGUGGACUGAGCUGAAGCCCAGGAGCCAGUGACUCACCUGGGCCUCCUGUGUGUGGAUGGACUGGGGCAGCAGGGAGCCGGAGGAGGGAGGGAUCACUGUGGUUUAAUGGACUGAUGGGGUUGAAUCAUCAGUCUCCCUCCUCAAAAUGAUCUGUCCCACACACACACACACACACACACACACACACACACACACACACACACACACACACACACACACACACACACACACACACACACACCAGUCAGCUGCCUGAUCCUGCAACAGUUGCUUUGGCCUCUUCAAGCGCGAGUGAAAUUUCGAAAUGCUGCACAUACAAGACAGAAUAUACACAUGCACAACAGGAGGAUAUUUGGGGAUAGUGUGUAGUCUUACAGUUUCUUUCACUUCUAUGUGCAGCUUGUUUUACACUUUUCACCCCCAGAAUAGGCCAUGUACCAACUCAGGGUCACUUUGUUUCUGUUUGCCCUUGGUCUUAAUGCUAAUAGAGAGAUUUUGUGGUGAAUAUACUGACCAUGACUGUAGGACAGUGGCUUUGUCCAUACAGUGUUUGUUGUUUACCUUAAAAUUGCAUUAUAGAGAAAUUAUAUAUAUAUGUAAAUGUAAACUUUUAAAUAUCAGCACAAGAAGAAAAUGUGAAAUUGUAUUUUUGUUUUUCAGUUGUUUGACAAGCAGAAAAAUUGAGAAGAGGAUUGUUGUUAUGUUGUUGGAUCCCAGAAUAGGAUUUAAAAUGCAGAUCGCUUUGUUUUGUCCAGGAGAUUCUCACCCACUCCGGCUUGCCACAGCAACAGUAUCUUCUCUAGUUGCUUGCUUGUUAUGUCUUUAUUUGGAAUUACAUCCUGUCUGGUGUGUGACAGGAAGUGUGACCAGGUGCUCACCAUCAUUGUUGUUCUCACUUCAGGUUGAUGGUGUCCUCUAUAACUUGUGUUUUGUGCCUGCAUCAGCUGUGGGAGGAAAACAAGUGGGGUUUGAUGUUGGUGAUGGGAAAGUAUUGGUACUGUAUUUUAUUUUAUUUUUAUUAUUCUCCACUUUGCUGGACAGAGUGGAGGCUGUUGGAUCGAUUCUUCUCACAGGUCAGAUGUGUCAUGCUCCUCAAGCCGUCUGCAUCCAUAGAAAUUUGUUAUAUUUUUUACACAAAAGUUCCUUCUUCCACCAACAAUAACAAAGAACAAAAGCACAGAGUAAUGCCUAUUUUGGAUGUCAUGGAGAGGUGCCUUUGGGAUGCUGUGGUGUCGGCAUUGUGAGAAAAGGGAAGAAAAAUUUAGAAAUUUGAAGAAAUUUUGAAAGGUGGGAAACAAAAGCUUGAUUUUCCUUCUUUAUCGUUUUCAAAUAGUCAGAAAUGAAGGCUACAUUUUAAAAUGACUCUUUAGGGUUCUUUAAUUUUGUAUUACUGGAUAUUUUUUAACCAUACAACAUAAUUAUUAUUAUUUUGUUCUUAAACAGUAUCUUGUUAGUAUCUAAAACAAUCUUUAGAUUGUGAGAUAUGUUUCUCAAAAUAAGUGAGAUUUGUCAUUUUGAAACACAUGAAACAACAUGUUGAAAUAAUGAAGGAUAUUGUAGGAGAGGCUAAUUACUAGAAAAGAUAACUUUAACUGUUAAUAAUAAAUUAUAUCCAGUUCCUCUUUUUUGGCAUUUUACUCAUCUCGUUGAAGACAGAAAACACACUGAUCUCUAAAUCGCUCUCAGACUGCAUUUGGAAAAUAUGCAUAUUUAUCUCCUUGCCAAGAGUUAGAUGAGAAGAUUAAUACCUCCCUCAUGUCUAUGUGGUAACUAUAAAGCUUAAACAAAUUAAACUGAUGAAAUAUAUAAUAUAUAAAUUAAUGAGUUCAUAAAUUGAUAGUAGGCUAGCUGUUUCCUCCUGUUCCAGUCUUUUUGCUAAGCUAACUGGCUGCUGGUUGUAGCUUCAUAUUUAUCGUACAGGCAUGAAGAUGGUAUCAUCUCAUCUAACGUUUGUCAAGAAAGCAAUUUCUCUAAAUUGAAGACAUAUGACUCAGUCCAGCAUCACAUGUUGUGCCAAUCUCAUAAAUUUAUAAUUGUUUACAUUUAUUUAGCAUGCCUAACAAAUCUGAAUAAUUUUUUAAUAGAUGUUUUACACCGUUCGGCUGUAGGACUAAACACAUAUACCAGCAUGAGUUGUGUUUAGAUGUGUUGUGAAUCUCUAUCUCGUAGCCACGAUGCUAUGUGUUGCAGUGCUGGUAAUACCAGUUAUAUUAAUGUAAUGAAGAAUUUAUGUAUCCAUUUACAGGAUAAAUAAUGAAUAUAAAUGACUGCAAAUGCAUCUGAUUGAAUUGCGUUGGUUACGUCGUGGUCUGAUGGUAUAGAUGUGCAGUAUGCUGUGUGUGAUGUUAGAUGUUGAAUCUUUAGGAGAGAGUUCCCUGCACUGUUAAUCUGCUGUUGCUCUGUGUUCCUUUUGCACAUUUUAAGGGACAUUGUGCUCCUGUUUGGUGGAAAUAGGGGAGCAGUCACCUCUUGCUCUUAUGGAAACAACUUUUUAUCAUGUUCAGAUGAUACCAACAUGCUCCACUGUAUUUUGCCAAACUGUGAGGAUCUACUGUAGCUCUGUUUAUAUUCUUACCUUGACAGAAAGCUGAAGAUGUAUCCCACAUCUUGGUGGGAUUACCUCCGUGCCUCACUCGACCCUCAUCACUCUAUAAUGUAUGUUUAUAAAAUAAGUUUAAAAUGGUGGACGAUCUCUGCUAAAAUUGGUACCGCUUAUGUGAAAGUAUGGACAUUAUUUAGUAAUAUUGCGAUUACAUUUUUAUAUUUUCUUUGACAAUUUCUGGAAGAUUGGGGUAUUAUUGCUAAAAGCUGUGUUAAAUCUGUUUAAGAUGGUCAUGUGCUGAUUUUUGUUCCAAAGUGCUCUAUAUCCAUUUUCGAGGAUUAACCUUUUGUUCACUAUUUUGUCAGAAAUCUACCUGCAAAACCAGCCAACCACUAGGUAAAAGCAAGCAUCUUGGAGCAAAACCUCUCAUGUACAAAGCAUUUCACAAGAUUUACAUGAACUGCAAUUCUACUGCUGAAGACAGCGUUCAAACAAGCUGAUUCCCUGAGUUCUUAUUGAACUCUUCCACUCCUGUAUUGCUUCUAUAAUGCUCCGUAGCGGAGUCUCAUGAAUGACUAAGGAUGCGCUCUCUGUGUGAUUCAUGUCUGUUUGGUUUUAUCUGUGGUUUGAAGUGGGCGGGACUCUUGGAAAUGGGAUGUCACAAUAUGUGCAGCAAUCAGACUUCUCAAUCAAAUCUGAUCAAAUCACACCCACACAGUCCCGAUGAAGCAGAUUAUCUCAGUUUUUGAGUGUUAAACUCUUUGGGUCUAUUUGAGUAUUUAAGGUAAAAACUAGUUUAAAAUGCUCAUUAAUUAAAACUGAAGUACUUAAUAUGCCCUACUUUAAUAUUUUCUUCAACUACAGCCUUAUUCAGAUUAAGGUAAUCAUCACUGUAGCCACUUCUUAUUCAGAUUUUUUACUUUAUCAGGUUAAUAUUGGGAUAUUGCAGUUCAUGUAAACAUGUUAUGAAGGUUUGUGUUGUUUUCCACUCUGCUCUAAACUCGAGCCGACUACCUCCGCCGUCUUUCCCCAAAGGGCAUGUAGAGCCUUUACACUCCUCUGUUGGGACAUGUAUGCACUGUGAAGAGCAGACAUGCUUCGAUGAAGUUCUAUUCAUGUAUGUAUUUUGAAACAAUAAACCUCGUCAAGAAUU